UGUGGUAGCUGCUAGGACUUAUACAUAGUUUAUUAUUUAUUCAAAUAAAAAAAUAUUCAGUUUAAAUAUUUGUAAAUAUGAAGUUUUUAAAAAAAAAGAAUUAUAAAAGGAGAGGAAAAAGUUCCUUAAGUAAGAAAAGUAAGAAGCAGAAAAAACUAGAAAAAGAUGCUUUUGACGAGAAAAGGAAAAAAUUUAAAUUUAUCCAAAGAAGUAAAGAAUCUGAAGAAACACAAAGACGACAAAAACUUGUGGAAGAUAAAUAUAGACGAAAUAUGUCUAACAAUUUUCUUACUGAAAUCGAUAAUGAUUUUCAGCAGGAAGAAGAAAAUCCAUAUGAAAAACUAUUGUCAGUACUUCCACAAAACAGUAAAGAAAAGGCUAGCGAAAAAGCAAUUGAAAGUUCGUCGGAAGAUGAAACCGACAGUGAUCAAGAAAUUUCGGGGAGUGCUAUCAUAGAGGACCAGCAGAGCAUGUCGGAAAGUCAAGAUGAAGAGGAAGAUGAAUAUAAUGGAGAAAAUGAAGAUGGAAGUGAAAAAGGAAACGAAGAUGAAAAAGAUGUCGAUGAAAAUACAGAUGAAGAUGUAAGUGAAGGUGAAAAUAUACAUGAAUAUGGACAUAGAGAUGAAGAUGAAAAUGUAGAUGAAGACGAAGCUGGAGAUAAGAUUUUGCAGUGUGAUAUUCCUUAUGACAAAAUCACAGAAAUUGGUCAAUAUGUGAGAAGUAGGUCUGAAGAAAAAAGAGAAAACGAAGCAAAGGGCGACGAUGAAAGUGAUUCAGAAAGUGGAUCUUCGUUUGAUGGCGACUCUAAUGAAUAUGAGCAAGAUCCCUUUGGCAUUCAUUUAGACAGAGAAUUGUCACAAAAUCAUAUUGAAAAUUUAUUACAAAAACCGCCCAAAGUUAAAGUUUAUAAUAGAACUUGGAAUAUAUUAGGAAAUUUAAAAAUAGAGAUCUCAGAUUCUGGUAGACUUCAAAGUAAAAAAAUGUCACACAAUAAAUCUAAAAAAGUAAAACUAUUGUGUGAUGAAGAAGAUUUUGCCAGUGAAGGAACAGUUCCGACGUUAAUUAAAUUUUCUACCUUGGAUAUAUGUGAUUACCAUGUAAAGAAUCAGUUAGUUUCAAACAUCAUUGAAUCUAAAUUAGAUCAACCAGUUUUGUCAGAAUUUCAAUGUGAAUUGUUUUCUAUUCUCAAUAAUUAUCAAGAUUUGUACUUUCCCCAAAGAAAUUUUGAUAACGCUGAAGAAAUUAGAUUUGUAUAUUGCCUCCAUGUUUUAAAUCAUAUGUUAAAGACAAGAUCUAGAAUUAUUCAUCAUAACGCUAAGAUAGCCUCUGAAAAGUUGAAAACCAUUUUACCAGAUUCAUAUAGAGAUCAGGGUCUAAUAAGACCUAAAAUUUUAAUAAUAUUACCGUUUAAAAGUUCUGCAUUCAAAACUUUAGAAGUCUUAAUACAAAUAUUAUUUGGCAAUAAAGCAGAAACAGCUAAGAAAGAUGGUAGUGUUAGAAAUUACAAACGCUUUUUAGAAGAAUUUACAGGCGAAACGAUAAAAUUUCCUAAAACUAAACCAAAACCUAUAGAUUAUGAAAUGACUUUUGCAGGAAAUUCAGAUGAUUCUUUUCGAUUAGGAAUUUCAUUAACUAAAAAGUGUAUGAAGUUAUAUCAAGAUUUUUACUCUUCAGAUAUUAUUUUAGCUUCACCUUUGGGUCUUCGAAUGAUUGUGGGAGCUCCAGGUGAUCUCGAACGCGAAUUUGAUUUCCUUAAUUCAAUAGAGAUUUUAAUCUUUGAUCAAACAGAAAUAUUUUUGGCACAAAAUUGGGAUCAUGUAAUACAUGUUUUAGAACAUUUACACUUGCAACCGCAAUCUGUAAAAAAUACGGAUUUCUCAAGAGUACGGCAUUGGUGUUUGAAUGGCUUGUCAAAAUUCUAUAGGCAAACAAUACUGUUUACUUCGCAUGAAUUACCAGAAUUUAGAGCUUUGUUUAAUCAUAAAUGUUUAAAUUAUCGAGGAAAAGUGAUAAUUGUAAAUCCUAUAGAAAUUGGAAGUAUUAGAAAUGUCGCUGUUCAAGUUCCCCAAAUAUUUUAUAGGAUUGAUGUGUCUUCAAUACAAACUUCUUUUAAUAGCAGGUUUUCAUAUUUUACAACCAAAAUCUUACCACAGUUUAAAGCACCAUCAAUGGCUCAUUGUAUGAUAUAUGUUCCCAGCUAUUUUGAUUUUGUUCGUUUACGAAAUUAUAUGAAAAUUGAAAAUAUAAAUUUUACCCAAAUUUGCGAAUACACUAAGGAAAAUAAAAUAGCAAGAGCUCGUGAUAUGUUUUUUCAUAGUUCAGCACAUUUUUUGAUGUAUUCUGAACGUGCACACUAUUUCAGAAGAACUCGAAUCAAGGGCAUACGUCAUUUAAUUUUUUAUCAGCCUCCUUAUUGGCCAAAUUUGUAUUCGGAAAUUAUUAAUUUAAUGCAAGAUGGGUAUCAAAAUCCCAGAGAUGGUUUAGAAUCUUCCAUGAGUAUUACCGUACUAUAUACAAAAUAUGAUAUUGUACAAGUAGCAAACAUAAUUGGUACAGAAAGAGCUGCUGAAAUUUUGGAUUCUGUUAAAACUUCUCACAUGUUUACUACAACUUGUAACUAAACUAAUAAUAUUAAUUGUAUAAUAUUUCUUUUAAUAUUAAAUAAUAAUAUGAUAGUUAUAUAUACAUUUGUUUAUUUAGAUAUUUUAUAUUUCCUAAAAUAAAAUGAGG